UUGCCGAAAGAGGAGAGUGCUGCAGGAGAUACAAGAACAAUAGAGAUUGCAGAUUCAACCAUUUCAAAGCUCCCUGCUUGGGUGGUGAUGGCACGAUCGUCAGCAUAGAUGAAACUCUCUGUCCCUUCUGGCAUUGGCUGAUCAUUUGUGUAAAUGUUAAACAUUGAUGGAGCAAGUACGCUCCCCUGAAGCAGGCCGUUCUUCUGUUUUUGUCAUCUGCUUUUCUGGUCCUGGAAUUGAAGAAAAAAGUUCCUGUUUUGGAGCAGAUUUCCUAUGAGGCGGGAUGUUUGAAGCUUAUAUACAGAACUACAAAGGCGAUGACCCACUUGAUCCUUGGUAUAGGUACUUUCAGUGGGUCGAAGGACUCUCAGAGGCAGAAGGAAAACAAAACUACCUGCCACGUUUACUGGAGCAGCUUGUGAGAACGUUUUUUAAUGAGAAGAGAUACUACGAUGACACUAGAUUCAUCAACUGCUGUGUGAAAUUUGCUAACAUUAUGAAUGAGCCAUGUCAGUUUUUUGACUAUAUUUAUAGCCAAGGAAUUGGCAGCAAGUCCUCUGCUUUAUACAUUGCUUGGGCCGAGCAACUCGCCAUGCAAGGAACUGUGUCUCUUGCAAGCAGUGUUAUUCAGAAGGGGAUUCAGAAUGGAGCACAGCCAGCUGAAAAACUGCAGCAGCAAUACAGGCUUUUGCAGAGUCACUUGACGCAUGGCCAAAUUCCAAGCCACGUUGGUGCCUUGCAGCCGCUUGACCCUCAGCUGUCCGGUCAGAUGCCUUCUAAAGCUGAUCCAAACUACCAGAAACAGAAUCCAUCCGAACCAGAGCCCAUCACUUGCGUUGGACAAGAAAACAUCUAUCAACCUAGAUAUGUAACCACUAUUUCAAAAUCAGAAGUCUUACCAACACCAUCAUCCGGCCCCCCGCUUGAACAGAAGGCCAUGUAUGCGAAGGACCUUCUGUAUUGUGAAGGCUCUGAACUGUGCUUUGAAGAAGUGAGAGCCAAAGCACAUUUCAAAAGGGCAGAACGCCUGAAAAGGCAGAAGGAAUGGGAAGAUGAAGAGAAAGAGUUUAUGAAAAAGAAAGAAAAUGAACUCCUUGAGCUGCAGAAGUUACAGCAGAAAUUGGAGCAGCUCUCCCAGACAUCAUCCCAGCAAAUGGCGCCAGUGCCAUCUGUUCACCAGUCUUCUCGAAGCACUACAGUGGAUAAAAAUGGCCUGUCUACACAAAACAGCGCAGGUCAGUAUUAUCCAAGCUUGGCGGCACCUUCCUCGGGAAGAUAUUCAGAGAAUUCUUUAAAUUUCGGGAAGGAGCACCCACGUUUUGGAGAUGUAUCCAUUUUACGGCCAAGUGAAAAUCACAGUCAACAAUCAGUCUUACAUAAAGUAACAGAAGAAGGUGCUUCAGCUCUGACCCCUGCUGAAAAUCGCCAACAACUAUCAGGUUUUGGUGAGAUUUUGGAAGGAGCUUAUUCUGGUCUACAGCUUAAUGGAAAAAGCCACCCACAACAGUCGUUUUUUGAUGAGGUGUCAGCAGGAUAUCAUUCAGUUCUGCACCCUCAUGAAAAUCCCCAGCACCGAUCCAUACUGGCUGCAGCAUCGGCCUCACCAGGUGAAAGGGCUUCAACCAAUGUUCAGCUUGGUCUUGAAGAUUGUGAGAAUAGUUUCCAUAGACUCCAGGUCAGCUGUGACAGUUUGGUCCAGCCACUUCAGAAAUGUUCGGUUGUCUCCCACAGUUUGCACCACAGUGAAGGGUACUUGAACAACUCUCAUCAGAAGCUGCAGCAUUCCAUGGAAAUGAGAGCUCCAGGUAGUAGAGACUCUUCUGCUUUGUUUGAAAAUCGUCAGGCCACUCCAAACACAUCAAACCUGACACUGUCUAAAGUACAGCCAUCUCCAACUGUUCAUACAAAAGAAGCUCUGGGUUUCAUCAUGAAUGUGUUCCAUGCACCUUCCGUAAGAGACACCACUAUGUUUUCAGAAGAGGACGAGGAAUUUGAGGACUACUGUAGGAAUAAAGGACCAUGUGAGGUUCCAAAUGUUAAUAAGUCUACUGUGCCUGUUGUUCCUGAUCCACCUGCUUUCACCAUAUUUGAAGAUGAGAAUGCAGAAGUCCCACAACCAUGUCCAAAGUCAACAGAAGUCAGAGUUUUGGGUGAACGUCCCAUAGCAGACUGUGCAGCCAAACAAGCAGAGGUUAUUCAGCCACCUGAGGGCAUGACAGGUGACUUCACUGUUUGGGCGGGUCACUGCAAUAAAACCCUGGCUCCCAGUCCAAACAGCUCCAAGGAUUUUGCUCGUGCUGCUCAUCUUGCCUCAACUCCAUUCAGUGGAAUUUCAGGACAUACAGACAAAGUGACUCAGAGAAAAGUAAUUGAAAACCCUUGGGAUGACAGCUUAACCCGCCAGCUGCUAUCUGCAUUGCCCAAACCCAUAAAUGCCUACUCCAAUACUUUUGAAUGGGGAUCAAAUGUUCCAGUUCUCAGACCGAAGACGAACGUGUGCUUGGGUUCCAUGCCCUGCCAUGUUGACUAUUUACUCGGGGAAGGAGCUUUUGCCCAAGUCUAUCAAGCUUCUGUUCCUGAUAUGGACAACACAAAAAAUAAUUGUAAAGUAAUACUGAAGGUGCAGAAACCUGCAAGCCCCUGGGAAUUCUACAUAGCUACUCAGCUGACAGAGAGGCUGAAGCCAAGCCUGCGUCAUCUGUUCAUCCACUUCUAUUCUGGUCAUUUCUUCCGUAAUGGAAGUAUUUUAGUUGGGGAACUUUACAGUUUUGGAACUUUACUGAACACCAUAAACAUAUACAGAAAACUGAUGGAGAAGGUGAUGCCCCAAGCGCUUGUCGUCUACUUCACUGUCAAAAUCCUCCACAUGGUAGAAGAGCUUCACAAAUGUGGGAUAAUUCAUGGAGACAUUAAGCCUGACAACUUUAUUUUUGGUGAAAGGUUUUUUGACACCGACACGUGUGAAAUCGAUGGCACAUCUCAUGGCUUGUCAAUUAUUGAUUUUGGCCAAAGCAUAGACAUGACCCUUUUCCCAGAUGGAACAGUGUUCACUGGAAAGUGUGAAACAUCUGGAUUUCAGUGUAUCGAAAUGAUGACUCACAAGCCAUGGACUUACCAGACAGACUAUUUUGGCAUUGCUGCGACAGUGUACUGCAUGCUCUUUGGCACAUAUAUGAAAGUGAGAAAUGAACAAGGGAUCUGGAAACCUGAGGGUGUCUUCAGGAGGGUCCCCAAUGCGGAUGUUUGGACUGACCUCUUCUUCACUUUGUUGAACAUCCAGGAUUGCAGCCACUUGCCUCGCCUGGGAGACUUGCGGGCAAAACUAAGAGACUUAUUUCUGACAUUGUAUGCCAACAAAAUAAUCGCUUUGCGGAAUAGGCUUGCAGUGUUGCUUGUUGAAAAUAAGCGUCUAAGGAAGUAAAUCCUAAAACUCCUUGAAUGGCUUUGAUAAGGAUGCCAGCAAUAAUUACUUGAUGGUCUAACCUUGUCAACAAGGUUAGACUCUUACCUUUUAAUAAAACCUUUGUAUAGGUUGGUAUUUGUGUUUUUUUUAAACAUUAGUGUUUUAAAAAAAUAAAUGUAUUUACAUUGUUUGUAA